GAAAACGGUUCUUCACCACACACACCCUUCUCACUCCUCUGUCCCUCACUCUCUCUCUCACUCUCACAGACACACACUUCAAACUCCAUGAAAUGUCGACACACCUGAUCAAAACUUUCCUCGCAGGUGCACCGUAUAAAUCCGUACACCUCCUCGAUCACAAACAACAACAACAACAAUCAUGGAACUCAAGAACAAGAAGAUGGACAAAACGAAACGUUCGAGCAAGCUCAUCCUACCUGGACAUGUGGAAAAAAGCCAUCGAAAGAGAAAGAAACACCUCACUCUUCAACAAAAUCGCUUAUUCGAAUGAAAACGAUGUCGUUGAAGAGAAUUUGGAGAAGAAAACGGAAGAGUUUCAGAAGCUUCUAGAAGUUUCAAGUGAGGAACGUGAUAGGAUUCAGAGGUUACAGGUUAUUGAUCGUGCUUCUGCUGCUAUUGCUGCUGCUAGAGCCAUUCUUCAUGAUGCUAAUAGUAAUACCGUUCGUUCUGAGGGUGACACGCCACAACAACAACGUGAAUCAGAUUCAGGAUCACAGAAUGAGAGUAUUUUUGUGCCGAAGUCGGAAACGCAGAAUGGGAGUCUUUUUGUGCAGGAUUCAGGAACACAGAAAGAUGGUAUCCCAGGUCCUGAUUUUUGGUCCUGGACACCCCCAUUGGAUAGUGAUGUUCCUUCCGACGAUGCCAAUGGGUUGAAGUUAGAUACCAAGUCUUCUGUUUCUCCAACCUUCUCGAAUCCUGUUGUUGAGAAGGAAAGGUUGACGCAAUCUCUCUCGAUUCCAUUCGAGAGUUUACUCACUCAAAGCAAAGAUUUUCCUACACUUCCACCACUUCAGUCAUCAUUGGAGGUUGAAACCUCGGUUUCCAAUGUAGAGUCUCCUUCCUUGGAGGACGAACUAAAACGCAGUGCGUUAUCUUCCGAUCAUGCGGCAGAAGUAAUUCGCGCACUUGAUAAGGACAGUAUAUCGUCUCCUAUUGGAGUGAAUCUUGACGGAACGAAAUGGUGGAAAGAAACGGGAAUUGAGCAAAGACCUGAUGGUGUGAUGUGUAGAUGGACAAUGACAAGAGGUGUCAGCGCUGACCAAGGUUUAGAGUGGCAAGAGAAAUUCUGGGAGGCUUCUGAUGAGUUCGGCUAUAAGGAACUUGGUUCGGAGAAAUCUGGACGUGAUGCGUAUGGAAAUAUUUGGCGUGAAUUCUGGAGAGAAUCCAUGCGUCAGGAAAAUGGGCUAAUGCAUUUUGAGAAAACUGCGGACAAGUGGGGAAAAAAUGGUAAUGGUGAUGAGUGGCAUGAAAAAUGGUGGGAACACUACGAUGCCUCUGGUCAAGCAGAGAAAUGGGCAGAUAAGUGGUGCAGUAUUGACCCAAACACACCCCUUGAAGCUGGGCAUGCUCAUGUCUGGCAUGAAAGGUGGGGGGAAACAUAUGACGGGAAGGGUGGUAGCACAAAAUACACUGACAAAUGGGCUGAGCGUUCAGGGGACGGUGGAUGGGAGAAAUGGGGAGACAAAUGGGAUGAAAAUUUCGAUCUAAAUGGCCACGGCGUCAAACAGGGAGAGACCUGGUGGGAAGGUAAGUAUGGAGAGCGUUGGAACCGGACUUGGGGUGAGCAACACAAUGGUUCUGGGUGGGUUCACAAGUACGGUCGGAGCAGUAGCGGGGAACACUGGGACACUCACGAAAUGCAAGAUACUUGGUAUGAGAGAUUCCCUCAUUUUGGUUUCUUUCACUGCUUUGAAAACUCAGUUGAGCUUAGGGAAGUUCAGAAACCAUCCGAGAGAGAGGAGCUUUAAUUCGCCAAAUUGUGAAACAUAGGAACUUAAAUAAUCUUAUGAGUAUAUGAUGGGCACAUCAAGCUCUUCUGAAAGUGUAAGGAAUAAAUGGUGUGCCCCUUGUUUCCAAGACAGCAGCAAAUAUAUAUAUAUGUAUAUUUUAUUUAAAAGUUCUAGCAUAAUUUAUCCCAAUCAUUA